UCACAAAAUGAUGCCACACUUUGAAGUAAUCAAAGGCAGUCAAUGUGUAUAUCGCCCAGUCAUCCUCCUCAGUCAUCCGCUACGCCCUAGAAGCACAUUAAAGCACUGUCACCACCAGGGUUGAAGAAAUCCGUACCAGGUAAAACGUUCUACAUUCACCACCACGCUUCUGCAACACAACCACUGAACUUGCGAACAAGGUGGCAACGAGCUAGAAAAACAAUCGGAGCACAAAUCACUUCCGCGCCGCCCAGAAUUGGGAACUCCGCGUACUGAUUGCGCCAUUUUCUAAACGCCAAUGUCCAACGGUGACACCAUUACAACGCAUUACAUAAGAUUUGUUUGAAAAAACAAAAACACACACAUACACAACAAUGCGUGCCCGUGUAGCCGCUCCGCCAUGUCGCUCCCGAACCAAGAGGGGACCGAACCCUUCGGUUCCGAAAUCCGGCAGCUCGCGACUGCCGCGCACUCUAGCAAGCGACUACCGCUUCUAAGCAGGCACACGUUCUUAAGCCGCGGUGUCCAAACGGUGCUGCUAUCCAUUGGGGGCGACUCACCGAGGGAUAUGCAUUGCAAAUUUAUAGCAUUUAAAAGCCGCCUUACCUAUCCAUCGGCUACUCAGUCGAAGUUGGUGGAUCGAGUGGACGUGCCACGUGGCAGUUGGGUAGUUCGGUAGUGGUUCGGUGUUUUGUUCUUCUUCCUUUGGUUCGCUUUGCAUCCCGCGUUCCAUCGCCAGUUGACGCCUCGGACCCAGGGGUAGUGUUUUUGGAGUGCAGAACCGGACAAGCAGCAAAGUGGCCACGAUGACGCUCGUGCUGGAGCGGAUGUACGACGUGUACCGGGAGUACAUGGUGGAGCGGCGGGAUAUGCGCAGCGCCCAUCUGCCGCUGGCCGGCAGCCCGUGGCCGCUGAUGCUGCUGCUCGCCACCUACCUGUACGGGGUGCUGCACGCGGGCCCUCGGUUCAUGGCCCAGCGGAAGGCGUACGAUCUGCGGAAGGUGAUCCGGGUGUACAACAUAGUGCAAGUGCUGAUCAACAGUGUCAUCUUUCUGUGGAUUGUCAUCAAGAUGUUUGUCGUGUACCGGGACUACAACUUCUCCUGCCAGGUGUGCAACUACACGUCCGACUACCGGGGGAUGGAGGAGAUGUACCUGAGCUACAGCUACUUCCUGCUGAAGGUGCUCGACCUGGCCGACACCGUGUUCUUCGUGCUGCGGAAGAAACAGUCGCACGUAUCGUUCCUGCACGUGUACCAUCACACCAUGAUGGUGAUCGGGUCGUACUUCGGCAUGCUGUACGUACCGGGCGGGCAUGCCAUUAUGCUCGGCAUCUGGAACACGCUCGUCCACGCGGUCAUGUAUCUAUACUACUUCGUCUCGUCCUACGGCUCGCAGUACAGCGGUUGGUGGAAGAAGCACCUCACGCGCAUGCAGCUGCUGCAGUUCGUUCACCUCGCGUUCCACUUCGGCAUACCGCUGUUCUUUAAUCGCGAGUGCAAGUUCCCGCGCUUCUGGAUGGGGGUCGGGUUCCUGCAGGCCCUCUUCAUCCUCGGCCUGUUUAUGGACUUUUACAUUAAGUCGUACGUCGUGAAGCGGAAAGAGCAGUAGGGCGUACGGUAGUAGUAGCAGCAGUCCAUUGACUUCACUUACAAGGGAAUGGCGGGGGGACUGCAACGCCACCGACCAUCAAGGGGCGAACUUUCGCUCGGGUCAAAACCAAAAUACAAAAACAUCGAACCAAUCGUACAAAUUUAAGUUUCGUGAGUGUGUGUGUGUGAAUGCACCAACAGCGAGUAAUGAACCGAGGAAAAAAACUAAUAGGAAAAAUUAAAUCAAAAUACAAUGACUGAAACAAGUAAAAGAAAAUAAAAGAAAACAAAAGCGCGUGAACAACGACGUGGUCACCAAUGCAAGCGUACCGGUUCAAUGUCAAAGCAGUGUGACAGCACACAGCGCCAACUUCGAUUGCUAAUUACAA